AAAUUUACUUGAGCGUCCGAGUGCUCUGAUAUGUAGUCGGUGCAGGUCAAUUUUCUCGCCGACUCCCGAUGGGGGCUCAGCACAUUUCUUUAUCUAACUUGCAGCCACUUGCCACUUGUCUUCAUGUCACUGAAUAUGCUCGUGGUUUUUCAGCCUGGUAUCCCACUCCACCUUUGCCGCUCUUAUAAUAUCGCUAAUACCUAUGCAGGGAUAGUGAUAUUGACUUGUGCUGAGUGCAUCUUCGUGGUCAGAGCAUAUGCAGUAUGGGAACGGGGGAGAUGGUUCGCGGCGCUGGAGACUUCUACAGUUAUUGCCUAUGUAGUGCUGGUUACUAUCAGCCUGCAACAAUUUAAUUCGAGAGUCGCAGAACCAUGCUGGAUACCUGGCAUUAGUGGAUAUCUGGAUAGGGAAACAAGCACCAGAAUAUAUAUAGCGUUUGGCUUGGUAGCUACGGGCCAGUCACAAACAUUAUUGCUUCUGUGGUAUCGCGUCAUCAAAGGUCUUGGUGGCUGGGGCAUGGACAACCGACUUAUGCGUGGUCUCAUGAGAGAUAAUCUGGUGUACUGUAGCUGCGGCAUUGCUUUUUCUAUCAGCGUCAUUCUCACCACAAUUUUUCUUCCAUUUCCAGUCGGACACAUGGUUGCAGAGAUUCAGGUUGUUGUUCAAGCUAUGUUGGCCACGCGAAUGCAUAGGAACUUCUGGAGAUCGGACCGUGCCUUUGGUGGCAUUCCCACCGAUAUCUCGCUCACAACAUGGAUGAUAGGAGAGAGAAAUUUGCUUUGAAGCGCACCCGGCCAUUACUUAUGGAUGUGACUAUUGUGCAGG